UUGACAACCCGUUAACGCGUCCCGUCGCGACAUAGUUGCAAAUAACUAACCGUUGUUGUAACUAAUUGAUAUUGUUACCUAAUAUAAAAACAGUUGGUGCUUGUGUUGUGUUUUAUCGUUAUUUUUAUGAAAAUGCGAAAGAACAAUUCACAACUUUGGAGCUAUUUUGAUAAGGAACCUAAUAAAAAGACAGCUAUAUGUCGAUAUUGUAAUAAAUCGUAUUCAUAUGUAUCUACAACGGCCAAUUUGAAGGGACAUUUGAGGCAUUGUCAUCCAGAUGUUUUUGGAAGAAUUGACUGGGCACCCAAGACGGGAGAUAACGAAGAUGACGAAGCAGAGGAAUUGCUAAAGGUACACGAUCUAUGGAGUUUCUUCCAAACGGAUGGCAGAAAGACCAGGUGUAUCAUCUGCCAGGAAACGACGGGAAAGGAUUAUGAAGAUAUCAAAGCUCAUAUGAAGGAGAAUCAUCCUAAUAUAAUGCUUCAAAUGCUGCAGGCACAGGACAAAGACAAUUCGGACGCCUCAUCAAACGAGGAUGAGACAAACACAGCAUACACCGAAGUAGUUUACCUCGAAAAGGAGCCGAGCCCUGAACCAAUGACAGCAAGAGAAAAACCUAAACUAAUCAAAAAACGUAAUCGUCCAAGUGUCUUUGACAAAAUUGACGUUGACAGCCCGCCAAAACGGCGCAGAGACAACGCGAAACUCAAUGAAAAUGACAGCGACGAACUGACAGCCUUUGUUAAAUACAUUACUUGCCUGUUAAAAAAAUUACCGCCCGAUGUUUUUUCUAAUGUUCAAAUUGAUAUUAUUAAUACUAUUUUAAGAGCUAAUUCGCAAAAUAAUAGUAUUUUAAUUAAUAAAGACUUGCCUAGUACGUCUAAUACUUCUUUAUUGAAUUUAGAAGCUAAUAGCAGUUUAAAUCAUAAUUACACUAUUACUGUUGCCGCUCAAGAACCGAGUAAAUGUGAUACAGAUAACAAUGUUAUUAAUACAUAGAUAACUGGGUACUUGCUGUAAUCAAAAAUAAAUUAUUUCGACUGUUCAAUACAAUAAAAUAUCAAAAAAUAAUCACACUUUCAU